AUGAAGAUCGCCAUUCUCUUCUCGUCGCUCGCUUGCUCGGUGCUUGCAAAGCCCUGCAAGCCCGUUAGUUCGUCGUCUGGUUCGGCGUCGGCGUCCGCAUCGGCGUCGGUGUCCUACUCGGCGGCCACUGCCAGCUACACCACCUCGUCGGUGGCAUCUGGCACGACCUCGUCAGCGUCGAUCAUCAGCACAAGCUCGAGCGUCCUUUCCAGCUCGUCGGUAUCAGUAAGCUCUUCGAGCACCUCCUCGAGUGCACGCGCAACGCCGACUGUGGAUCUUGGCUACGAAAUCCACCAGGGAACCGUUAACGAGACUGGAAACUACUACACUUUCAGCAAUGUGCCAUAUGCUCAGCAGCCCGUAGGCAAAUUGCGCUUCCAGAAGCCUCUUGCGCCUACGGGCUCCAGCUCAGAGGUCAAUGAUGGGUCGACAACCGGGGUCAUGUGUAUCCAGGCCUACCCCGAAUGGAUCAUAGAGCUUCAGGCGGCGGCAUACGGACUUGACACGACUACAAUGGCUGCCGUUCUGUACGCACAGCAAGGUCAGACUGAGAGCUGCCUCCUCUUGGACGUCUACGUGCCUGCGGAGGUCUUUGACAGUGGACGUACCGCUGAAGCGCCGGUUCUCAUCUGGAUUCACGGGGGAGGUUUCACCUACGGAUCCAAGACUUCGUCUGGCGACCCAGCUGGUCUCGUUGCACGUUCAAAGCUCGGCGGUGACAGCGGUGCGAUUGUUAUCACCAUCAACUACCGACUGGGUCUUUUCGGUUGGUUGGCUGGCCCUGGUGCCACCCCCAAUCUCGGUCUUUUGGAUCAGAGAAUGGCAAUGCAAUGGGUUCAGACUUACAUCUCCAAGUUCGGUGGUAACCCGAACAAGGUCACCGUCAUGGGUGAGAGCGCCGGCGCUGCCAGCAUCCUCCACCACAUCACCAGCAGCCAGCAGCCCGCUCUGUUCCACAAUGCCAUUCCCCAGUCGCCCGCUUUCGAGUUCAGCAUCGACCAUGCCGCGGCUUUCGAACUGACGUUGAGCGAGGCUGCCAGCAAGAUUAAUGCCAUCAUUCAGGAGUCAACCGCGGUUGCUAGCCAAGUGUCGAGCGUUCUUGCUGGUUCCACAUCGGACACCUUCGAUUUCGCGAGCCUGACGUCUGUGUUCGAUGCUCUUGGCGACCAGGUCACAGAGACUCUCAAGUCCAUCAACCAAGCUGUUGUCGUCCAGGCAGGAAACGGCCGCUUCAACUAUGGCCCUACUGUCGAUGGCGACUAUGUUCCUGAGCUACCACAGGUUCGUCUUGCUCAGAACGGCUUUGACGCCUCUGUAAAUGUCAUGCCCAGCCACACCUCCAACGAAUCCGUUCCCUUCGUGUCGUCAAGCAUUGCAACAGACGAGGACGUCAGAAACUACCUGACUAACGCCAUUAAGUCGGCCUCGGACGAGACUAAGAACUACAUGUUGGAAGAGCUGUACCCUGCCGUCUUCGAUGGUACCUACCCCUGGUACAGCCAGUACGGGCGUGCUGUCCAGAUGAACACCGACUUGUACUUUGCCUGCUCGACCAACUACCUGGCCAAGGCCUACGACAACGAGUCCCACAACUACAUCUUUGCCUACCCGCCCGGCUACCACGCCAACGACGUCGCCUACGUCUUCUUCAACGGUGACACCAGCUCGCUCAACAACGGCUUCCCCAUCAACGCCACUCUGGCCUACGAGCUCCAGGACUACAUUGUGCAGUUUGCCAAGGCUGGCAACCCGAACACCGACUCACUCCCAUUUUUCCCUACAUACGGCACUGAAGGCAAGGUGCUCUCCUUCACCGAUUCGGGCCUCGUUGUUACGACGGACGACAUGAAGAACGAGCGCUGCGCUUGGAUCCAGCAGGCCAUGAUUGAUGGCAAGCUCAAAUAG